AUGGCCCGUCCAGCGUUUUCCUUUUUCGGGAUUGCACUCGUGCUCCCAUUUGUCCGACUUGUCCUUGCAGCGAACGACUGGUCGACGGCAUGCCUUGACGGUCAAUGCUCGUACGACUUGAGCGGUAACGUGACUGGCACAUUAUAUAUCACUGGAAACACAAGCGCGAUUUCCGACCUGACUGCGGCGGCAGGAUGGAACAUUCUGGAUUGCAACUCCACGAGCGGUGCUCAGGACAUCCGCGCUGUCUGCACUAAUAGUACGGCCGGUUGCAACAGUUUGUUUGAGGGCGGAGCCAUUGGAACGAUUGUCCGGUUGCCUGAGGAUUGCGGGACCAUGCCAUUUGCCCGGGUAGCAAAUAUCUGGGACCACGAGAACCAGACGAGCAGCGUGCCCACGCGCCGUAGCAGAUUCUUCCGCCUGCUAGACACAUCUAGCGUCAAGGGCAUUACACUUGACACGAAUUUCAGUGCCAUAGAUCCCCAACAGAACGGGAAUGUCACCUUCGAGUUCCAAGGUGCCUCUAUCCCCAGCGCCGAAGACAGUUUCCAAGAUUCUCGGCGCAGCUUUGAUAUCUUUUCCAAAUUUACGAAAAAUGUCACCGAGCAGGUCCCCCCGAUCACCAUCGACAAGGAGGAGACUCUGUUCAACCAGCCGGUGGACUGUGACACGGAUGUCACCAUUGACGGCGUGUCGGUGACAUCGUGUUCACUUCAGGUGGGCAUGGACGUGAAUGCGAACAUUUCUGCAUUCUACGGGGUCUCGGUCUCUGGGUCUGUUGUUCCGCCCAAGCUCGAUGACCUCACACUGUUCACUGUCGCCACGCCAUCGGUGGAGCUGUUCCAGGUCGGCAUUCCGGGGUUAGACAUUACAGGAAUUUUGAGUAUCGGGCCCACCUUCCAGGUGGACGCGCAAGGCAUUGUCAACGUCGCGGCUGAUCUGAACACUGCCGUUGGAUUCACGUAUAAUCUCAACAACACUGAGCUUUUCUUCCCUCCGGCCUACGGUCAGUCGUCGACCGGAGACGUCUCGUCCGGUAAUGCCUUCCUGCAGCUGUCCACGGCUCCGUAUACGCCCGCCAAUGCGUCCUUGACGGCGGAACUUGUACCUAGUAUUGCGUUCGGGAUCGAUGUCCUUGAUGGUACGGCCAAGGCCACCGUCAGCCUUGACCUGAACACGUUCGCGACGCUGGAGCUGUCCGGCGAAGGCAACGUGACAGCAUCCACCGCCAGCGGGCUCGCCGUCGGUCCAUUCAGUGGCUGUUUCAACGUGCUGGCGGGUGUGAACAUCACUGCGGACGCCGACGCGUCGUUGCUUGACAUAUUUGACAAGGACGAUAGCAUAACGCUGUUCUCGAAGACGUUCGACUUGUUCAGCACUUGUUUCAAGUAA